AUGAGUACUUGUGCGUCGAGUCAAACGAAUCAAACAUUUCCCAACUCCUUUAAAUUUGGCGUUGCAUCUUCAGCUUAUCAAGUUGAAGGAGGAUGGAAUCUUGGUGGGAAAGGUGAAAGUAUAUGGGAUAGAUUGACCCAUUCUAAACCCAAAAAAAUCAAAGAUCGAUCCAACGCUGAUAUAUCUUGUGAUAGUUACCACAAGGUUCUUGAAGACGUCCAACUUUUGAAAGAUUUAGAUGUGGAUUUUUACAAAUUUUCGAUUUCAUGGCCGCGAAUUUUACCCACUGGACAUGUUAAUAACAUCAAUUCUGAUGGAAUUAGGUAUUACAAUGAGUUAAUAGACGAACUCAUUGCGAAUGGAAUUAGACCUGUUGCAACUAUGUUCCACUGGGACUUACCACAGCUUUUACAAGAAAAAGGGGGAUGGUUAAACGAGAAAGCAGUCCUUGCGUUUGAAGAAUACGCUAAUUUAUUAUUUUCAAUGUAUGGAAACAGAGUAAGGGAUUGGAUCACGUUUGAUGACCCUGGAAGAUUUUGUUUUGAUCCUUAUUACCAACAAACAUCGUUUGCCGAUGGUCUGAAAGAAGAUGGAAAUGUUGGAUAUCUUUGUGCUCACGCUAUUUUGAAAUCCCACGCAACGGUUUAUCGGUUAUACAAUUUUAAUUACAGAGAAAGACAGCAUGGAAGAAUUGGGAUAUCCUUUGGCUCCACUUGGAUGGAACCAGGAGUUCGAGGCGAAUCCGAUGACGAUAUAAGUGAGCUAGCAAUGCAACUUGAGUUGGGAUGGUUCGCUCAUCCAAUUUUUUCAAGAAUUGGGGAUUACCCAAAAAUGGUAUCCGACCAAAUUGACUAUUUCACCCGACAAAUACAAACGUCUUCCUUUAUAAUACCAGAAUUUGAAUCAGCAGAUGUAGAAUUUUUGAGAGGAAGUUCAGAUUUUUUCGGAUUAACUCAUUAUACCACCAAGAUUUGUGACAGCAGUCAAUCAAAAUUUAGCGCCGAAGGAACCCCUUUAUUUGGAAUGGACUUUUGUGGCCAAAAUGAGCAAUGGGAAAAUGGAACAUCUCCAUGGUUGCAAGUUGUACCAUGGGGAAUAAGAAAAUUAUUAAAUUGGAUCAAAAAAGAAUACGACAACCCGGAAGUUUUUAUAACAGCGAAUGGAUUCUCCGAUGAUGGGAGCGACAAUGAUUGUCGCAGGGUCCAUUAUAUUAACUCUUAUUUGGAACACAUUCUCGCCGCCAUAUAUAAAGAUAACUGUAAUGUUUCCGCUUACACCGUUUGGAGCUUUUUGGACAGUUUCCAAUGGUAUCAAGGAUACACUGAAAAGUUUGGUCUUUAUAAUGUCGACUUUAAUGCUUUGGAAAGAACUAGAACGGCGAAAUUAUCUUCCAUGGUUUAUACGAACAUAAUAAAACAACGAAAAAUUGAUUGGGAUUAUAGCCCAGAAGGCUAUAAGAUGUGUAAAUGGGGAUUAAGUACUAAUGGGACUGCUUAACCAGAAUUAUUCCCGAACAUUGGACUACACAUGGACUACCCAAUUUAUUAUAAUACUUCUUUGUUGUUUUUAUUUGUUUUGUUUGAACGAUUAAAUUAUUGAAUUGAGCAGUA